AUGAAUUACGGAGCUACAACUAUUGGAAUAAUUGUCGAUUCUGUAUGUUCAGCGAUAUGGAAAUUACUAUCACCUAUCUACUUACCAUCGCCAAAAAAAGAUGAUUGGAUUAAAAUAGCAAACGAUUUUUAUGAAAUAUGGAACUUUCCAAACUGCAUUGGUGCAAUUGAUGGUAAACAUAUUUCUAUUAUAUGCCCUCCGGGAGCUGGAUCGGAGUAUUACAAUUACAAGGGGUUUCAUUCAAUUGUACUGCAAGCAGUAGUUGAUGCUCACGCUAAGUUUAUUGUGAUAGAUGUUGGAGAUUAUGGUCGGUCUAGUGAUAGUGGGAUUUUCAAAGAAUCUCAAUUUGGUAAACAAUUAUUUCAAAAUAAAUUAGAUUUGCCAGCACCCAAAAAAAUUAAUCAAAAUAUUAAUGAAGAUUUCCACUUUGUAUUUGUUGGCGAUGAGGCUUACCCACUAUUACCUAAUUUGAUGAGACCUUUCCCUCGUAGAAAUUUAACAAACGAAAAACGUAUAUACAAUUAUCGACAAUCCCGUGCGAGAAGAAUAGUUGAAUGUGCAUUUGGAAUUAUGGUAAAAUGGUUUAAUGUAUUAGAAAAUAAAAUGCUAGUCGGCCCUGAAAAUCUACAAAAAUAA